UAGAGGUGGAGGCAGGGUGAUGUGACAGAUGUUUAUCUUUGUUCGAGGUUGUACGUGGCAUGGUGUAAAGUUGGUUUAAGUAUUAGUAUUACGAAUAUUUCUUAUUAAAAUGUCAUCACCUGAAUCAAGUAGUGAAUUAAAAGGAGGGCAUCCUCCUGCAGUAAAAGCUGGAGGAAUGAGAAUUACUCAACACAAAGUUCCUUCUCAUGAAAAACCAGUAGAAGUUAAAAAAACAGAAGGAGAGGAGGAGGAAGAAGAAGUUGUAACUCCUAGCCCACCAAAGCAGCAGUUAGUUAUUUCUGGCGUGCCUGCUCGGGGAGACGCAGACUUUCCCACAGAGGCUGUUCAAGCAUUCCAUAAUAAGCCUAUACCCUCACAUGAUUACAGGUCGUCUGGAGGGAAGCCAAAUAUUAUCCAUCAACCAAGGAAGUAGAUUAAUUUCAUGGUAUAUGCCAUUGUUAUUCCAUUUUGUUACAAAUAAAUGAAAUUAUUUCCAUGAAUUGGCUGCUUUAAAUGCUGUUAUAUUUUCUUGAUUAUGGGAAACACUUUUGUUAUAUAUUUGUAAAAUAUGUUGCAAAGAUAAUUUUGCAAUUGUAUUUUUUGCAAAAUAAAAUUUUCAAAGAAAA